UAGAAUAUAUAUAAUGUCUACAUAAAAAUUGUAACUAUACGUUUGUAAACUAUUAAAAGCAAUUUUUUUAUCUGUAUCAGUUUUACAAAUUUAUUAGAAAUGCAGCUCAGCAUAUUUAUUUUUAUAUAUUUUACUCACUUGGGGCAUAUAUCAACUUUAGAUCUAACAUCUGUAAAAGGUAGUUAUUUAGAAUAUGUCAUUACUAUAAUACAACAUAUUUGUGGCCAAAAAGGUUGGGAUUCAAUGAAACAUUUGCAGUUAAAUCACGAUGAGUAUGAAAACAUGACAAUAAAAGAUGCUUUUACACAAAAAAUUAACAAAAACAAUAUUUUAGAUAUGUUUAUUAUUGUUGUUCGUUUACAUAACUACAAGUAUUCACAGAUAUUAAGAAAUUAUGCCGAACUCAUCACUUUAAACAUAAAAGAAUGUGAAAAGUAUUUAACAGACAAUCUAUUCAGAGGAUUUAUCGAUAGUACCCGACGUAUUGAAAAUGAAGUGAAAAAAUCCUUGAAAAUGUUUAAAAAAUUGUAUGAAGUAAUGACAUUUAUAAGUUAUAUAGAUAUAAAAUUCUUAUUUACAAACAUUUUACAAAACCCAUACGUCAUGGUAGACGAAAUUUAUUUUGCCUAUCAUUAUACAAAUACCAUGAAAAUAUCAGAUCAAUCAUUUUAUACUGAUCAGGUUGGUAACAUUAAACAUGAAAAUGCGAUUUCAGUACUUUUAAAUAUUAAAACAUUCAUUAAUCAAUUAUAUUUAAUGGCACAAAGUGUUGAAAAAAAAAGAUGUGUUUUUGCUCAACUACCUGAAAAAAUUAACUAUCAUUUGAUUUUUGAAGAGCGAUAUUUACAUUACAAUUUAGUAGAUGAUAAUCCAACUGCUAUCGAUAUUCUGUUAAAUAUGCUAGAUACAUUUUGCAAGGACACCAUAAAAAAUGAUUACGAAGACCUAGGAUUUAAAGAAAUACUUAACCCCAUUUUAUACAAGUGUGAUUCAUUAUUAGUACCUCAAUUUGAUUCUAUUUCACAAAAUAAAGGAAUAGUAAAUUUAAAUAUUCUUCUUAAUGAUGGUAACUGGGAGACUUUGCAUUAUCUAUAUAUAACUUAUAAUAAACAAGCACUAAGUGUAAAUCGUGUGUUAAGGGAUCAAGUAAAUAAUAACAAUUAUCAUCUCAAAAAACAGUAUAUCACUCUACUAUUAAGAUGUAGAUUUUAUGACAUAUUAAAAAAUUUCAUUACAAGAUUAUCUGGAGUUAUACAUUUUUGUAAACAAGAAAAGAAAUUUGAAAAUCUAAAAAAAUUUAAUGAAUGUGUAAAUAAUUUUUUUCUGACUAUGAAAAGUGUUCAAAAUUUUUUACAUUAUUUAGACAUAGCAAUGGAGAAAUUAAAACAAGCUACAAUAUGGCAUGACAAUGGAGCAUUUUAUUGUAUAUCACCAAUAAAAAAAAUAGUUAAUAAUGUACUUGACUUGAUGAAACAAAAAAAUUUGUUACGAGAUGUGUUUUCUGACGGGAUAUUAGAUUUGUAUGAAGUAGCAAACAAUUAUCUCAAUGACGUGGAAGAUGUAAAAUUCUCUAUUCAAUUAGACAUAAAAAAUGCAAGUCGAGUUCAUAAUAGACAUUGUUCUUAUCACAAAAAAGUGUUGUUUUCUAAACAAGAUGUUUUAAAUAGUAUCAUGACAAAUGCAAUUUCAACAAAUAUUACUCAUUUGCCUACAAAUCCUAUUUCCUAUUGUCAACAGGCUUGUGUGGAUUUAUAUAUGUAUUGUGAAGAUUUCAUCAGCAACGAAUAUAAAAAUCUAGGGUUUGAUAAAAUUAAUUAAAAAGUUUGGUUGUCAUUCUCAAAUCAUUUUAUUAUGUUAAGAUUAAUCUAUUAAACUAAUUUUGUCAAUCAUAGUUUUUUAGUAUGUUUAAUUGCUAUAGGAUUAGUAAUGUCUAAAAUUUAUCAAAUACUGUUAGCUAGACUUUAGGUAAAAUUAUGUUUUAUUUAAUUAAUUGUAUUGGUAAGAACCAGAAACUCCAGUGGCUAAUUUAGGAGCGUUCUGAACUCCCUAAGAUACCAAUUUACAUAAAUUUAAAUCUUCCAAUUUUUGAAGUGGAGUUAGAACAAAAAUGAAAGCAUAUAUUUUUAUUAUUUAUCAUUAAUAAAUAUAAAUAAAACAAAACAAUUUUUAAAUUUAAAAAUAGUCAUUUUUAACCCAUUUUUUAAUUGAAUCACAAGCAUUUUAAUAAAUUCAGUUAAUAAAUGUAUCGCGGCUGAAGUGUAAAUACACCAGUAUGAGCAAUACUAGAUUUUUUUAUUAAAUAGAGUGAGUAUUAAAUGCGGCCAGAGUAUACAUGAUAAAAUUCAAUCGUUACAUUAAAAGUGUAACUUUUUUUUAUACUUUAAGUAAAUAUAGCCUUUUAUAUAAAAUUAUUACUGAUAUAAAUUUUAAAAUAAAAAGCUGAUGUCAUUAUUUUCGAUGAAAUAAAAAAUAUCCACGUUUUCCUAAAAAAAGUAGGUUCUCUGUAUUUUCAUUAGAACAGCGCAAAAUUUAUAUGUGUAAGUAGCUCAAAAGAUAAUUUAAAGAAAAUUGGUUUAUAUGCACGCGCAUGUAUAUUUACAGUAAUGACGUAAUUAGAAUUUUAAGACUUUCUCAAUACCUUUCAGUAUUGAAUAUUUUUUCUAACUCCACUUCAAAAAUUGUAAGAUUUAAAUAAUUGAUACUAACCUUACAUAUUAAAAAAUGUAAAAAUAUCCGUGUCUGGGGAGACCAAAUAUCUUCCCGUAAAUCUGCCACUGGAGCUUUAUUGUCAUGUAUAUUGUUUGUAAAGUCAUACAUGGUUUGAAAGCAGAUUUUCUAGUGAUUAUAAAUAUGUUAACUAGUAAUGGUAUAUAGUAUGCAUUUGUCUCGAUAAUAAAUAUAUUGUAAAUACUUUCAUAAAAUAUACAGUAGGGUGGAUCAAAAAAAGUCGAUUUUUGACAUUUUAAUGAGAACCAUUUUAAUUUUAUUUUGUACAUUAAAAUAGACAUUUUGUGAAAAUUUGAGAUUUAAAAAAAAAAUUUUACUGGUCGCUCGACGUGUU